AAACCCCGAUUGAGAGCAAAGCUCGACAUUGAAUUAUCGAGAUGGCUUGGUACCUAGUCUCCGGGAAGAACAGACUCAGCAGCUUACAAACCCUAAUAUUUUCCUCCGCACUCUCUGCAACACCAUCACCUCCAUUUCUAAACACUGAGAGUCCGAGUUCUCUGCAAAACCCCAUUAAACCCUGCCUUCUCUCUUUUUGUUCAUCUUUCUCGACCUCAUUUAUAAAUACAAAGACGACGAAGAAGAAGAAACGGAAGAAGAAAGAGAGUCCAAGAACAAAACUUGUCCAACACGAAUCCACUCGCAUUCAACACUUUGAAGAACUCGUCCAACGCGAUGCUUUCUUUCGAUUCCUUACCAGAAGUAAGGAGUUCCUCUCGAAACAGCCAGAGCACGUCCUUCGCCUCGAUGACGCAGGCAAGCUCUACCGUGAACUAGGGUUCCCUCGGGGCCGCAAGGUCGUCCGCUCGAUCGAACGUCAUCCCUUGAUCUUCCAGACUUAUCGCCACACUGAUGGAAAAAUGUGGUUUGGUUUCACUGAUUUGAUGGAAGAUCUGCUCGAGGAGGAGAAGUCCAUUAUGGAUAAAAUGGAGGAAGAUAGGGUUACUAAAGUCCGUAAGCUUCUCAUGAUGUCGGCGAAGAAACGAAUUCCUUUGAGUAAGAUUUAUCAUUGUCGACUUUUGUUUGGGAUUCCUGAAGAUUUUAGGGACCGUGUUUCGAAGUAUCCAGAUUAUUUCAGGAUUGUGGUUGAGAAUGAUGGGAAGCGGAUACUUGAACUUGUGAAUUGGGAUCCUGCGUUGGCUGUGAGUGCUCUUGAGAGGGAUUUUGUCGUAGACGAGGAUCGCGUUAAGAAAGCAUUUAAAUUUCCUUUGAGUCAUGGGAAAUCUUUGGACCUCGAUGAGGAUGAUACGAGGAAGCUGAACUUGGUGACCACGCUUCCGCUGGUUUCUCCUUACUCCGAUGCUUCCGAGUUGAAGCUUUGGUCAACGGAAGCAGAGAAGUAUCGGGUCGGGGUUCUACAUGAGUUCUUGAGCUUGACGUUGGAAAAGAGGGCGUCUAUACAUCACGUCGUGGAAUUUAAAGAGGAGUUCAGUCUCACGAAGCACACCUACCAGAUGCUUCAGAAACAGCCCAGAGCCUUUUAUCUGGCUGGGACCGAAAUGAACUGGGCUGUAUUCCUGAGAGAUGCCUACAGGCAAGAUGGGGUUUUGAUCGAGAAGGAUCCGCAGGUGCUCUUCAACGAGAAGCUUUAUCGUUCUGCUCAAAGCCUCAAAUGAGAGAGAGAGAGAGAUCCGAUGCUAAUGACAGGGAAGGGUUCUGAGCUUUAGGAAUAUUUUGCUUAAUGACUCAAUUAGAAGAACAGGGAAAGAGGAGGGGGUGGGGGGAGCAAAAGAAAGACAAAUGGGUUGGACUCUUGACUAGAGCGUUGAUUGUCGGAGAACUAAUUACUAACCAAUACUUAUGACUUGCAGUAAUGGGAAAAAUGCUGUGAACAGGGCUUGGAGUCAUGAGGAAGUUGAGGUCGGUUGAGCAAUGCUUCCUGUGAGCAUGAAUCAGGUAAAGAUUAAUGAUUCAGUACUAGAAUAUGCUGGUCAGAAUCAUCUUCAACAAGUUUACAAAGCUCAUUUGGAAAGAUGAUACUCCCUCUACUACAGUCUUGUCACCCAGAUGCAAAAUUAGACUCUCCAAAUGUUGCAAAGUCUAUGGGCCAAUUCACUGUUUAUUCAUUAUACAUAUAGCCAGCUUCGAAUACGAGGUGAAGCUGAUAUAUAUGUGCCUGACCCAACUGGCUUCUACAAUGAUAUUGUGCCUUUGAUUCAUGAAAAAAGCUACAGGGGUGGUCCUAGACCAGCUCGACCGCAGGGUGGUUGUAGACCAGGGCUUUCUUCAUAUGCCAAGCAACGUCUUCGCACUAGCGCGCUCAUCCAUUUCGUGUUAGCACACGCAUCCGUCUUCUUGCUGGGUGCCUUUGGGGAAUAAGAUGAUUCGAUUUUGGGAACUCAAUCGUAAAAUAUCCCUCCAUAUAGUUGUGAAUUGGAAGUCAAAAAACAAGUACACAGUUUUGUGAACCUAUAGGGGUUUGUGAACCCUUUGAUGAUGGAUGAACCAUCCUCCAUGGGUUAGGAAAAAUUGAGAUCAGAUUAUCUUUUGGACCAUGAACCUCCUGCAACAAUUUCAUACCAUCCAUUGGGCAUGGGCCCCCACAUUCAGAGGUGGGCCCCACAUCCCCCUUGGAUGGUCCAUGAGACGAUCUGGCCUCUAAAUUUUUUUUCCAAAAACAAAUGGUAUCUGCUCUCCUAACUGUUCCAAACCACCACCCUCUCCGGUUUUAUCUUUAGAUACCUUACCUUCCAAAAUCCUCCUCGAAUCUAGAAUAGAAUCUCUACCCAAGAUUUUCCUAACUCCCUUCAGUAACUUCCAUAUUUUUUCCUUCUUUGUCCAUACCCCAAUGACCCUAUUCUUUAUAUGUCCAAUCAAUAUGGUUGCAGAAUGAUGAUGUUGGAGGAAGAUCAGAUAGCCUUUCGAUCCGACUCUUAUGUUUGAUGGAGUUGAAGACUAUUCCCAUCAAAUUUCUGAAAUGAUUGGACUGAGGAAUGCAUCUUAUUUCAUUCAGGCUGGUGUGAGUGAUAUUGUGUUUUAUUGGUGGGCUGUUCUUUUGAUGGUUCUAAUACUUUGUCUCUACUGUCUACUCUUGUUCCAUUUUUCUAGUAAAUCUCCAUUAUAUUUCAUUUAGUGGUAUUAAGUGCAUCUAGUGUAUCACCAGGGAUUCACAUGUAAUAUGCAUCUGUUUUGUAACUUUUUUGUAACAAACCCCCCACCCUCCAAAAAAAAAAAAAAAUGCAUCUGUUUGAAAAUUUAUUGUGGUCAAAAUUUCUUUCCUCAUAACUACUACUGCCACUGAGUCUGCUGCCAGCCAGAUGCCCAAUCUGGUAGUGAGAGUCAUGUAAACCAUACAUUUACUGAUAUUUAAUUUCCACAUUCCAAAUGUGACUCAUUAAUUAUAGGAUUCCAGAUGCUGUUAUAAGAACGGCAGUUUGUCUGAGAGUUACUAUAGUAGUUGAAUGCUUGAUUGUUUUGUAAUAGAACUAUGCAGCUGUCAUGUUCCAUACUUAUAAUCUACUUUAUAUAUACUCUGUGUUUGUACGUCAUCUAUUUAUUACUCCAUAGAAUGGAUAGAAUCAUAGAAUAAAUACUUAUUUAUAUGCUCAAGUCAUUUCCUUGACUGCACUCUAUGGCCGAAUCAACAAAAUUUAACUUAGUUGCAAUAUUCAUAUAUCUGGUAGUUCAACUUUGUUGUGUAUCUCUUGCAUGUAUUGAGUUUAACACAAAGUAGAUCUAAACCAAGUCUAGAUUAAGAAUUGGCAUGUGUGUCAUAAAUGGUAAUACAGUGACAAUAUAUUGCAUUUUCAAAUCAUGGGAUAUGUUUUACUGGCGGCAAUGAACAAUCAUGUAUAUAUUUUCUCUCUCUUUGCUACUGUUGAUGACUUCUGAUUUGACGAGUAAGGUAAUUGUUCAUGUUGUAUAAGAACAAUGCAGGUUAGGACUGUCUUGGAUGUAGGAUGUGGUUAAGGUAGCUUUGGAGCACAUCUCUUUUCAAAGCAACUAUUGACCAUGUGCAUUGCAAACUAUGAGGCCUCAGGCAGUCAAGUCCAACUAACUUUAGAAAGAGGUCUUCCUGCUAUGAUUGGUUCUUUUACUUCAAAACAGUUGCCAUAUCCUUCUCUUUCGUUUGAUAUGUUGCAUUGUGCAAGAUGUGGUGUCGACUGGGAUCAGAAAGGGUUGAAUGAUGUUCCGAGACACGGGUCCCCUUAUUGAAUCAGCCAGGACAAUCGCAACACGGCUGAAAUGGGAUGCACGGGUAGUGGAGAUCGAGAGUAACAGCGAUGAGAGGGCUCCUUGUCUGUCAGAAACCUUUAUUCAAGAAAUUUCAGUUGUAGAUACAAAUUUCAAGUGAAACCUGGUAAGGUUCACAUCAUAAUAUUCAUUAAUCUUGCGGAUGUUGUUAUAUCAUCACCAAGAUCUGCGAAGGGAGAUCUCGAGGAUUUUGAACAGAAAGCAACAAGAUGCCGAGGACGAGAGGAAACAUUGUCACAAACUCCUAUGGAACCGCAAGGUCUCCAUGGGGCCAUGUAAUUAUAAAAUGGAGCAGAAAAGAAAAAAUGGGGAAAUAG